AUGGGAGUAGCUUCAUCUAAAUUCCAGAGAAAGAGCAAGUUACAAGUAAUUGACUUUGGAUCGAUCACACCGCUUGGCCUAUAUGAAAAAAACAACGACGAUUACGAUUUACAAGUAGUACGAGAAUUAAUAUUGUCAAAAAAGCUAUCGCCGUUCUACAAAGGCCUCUCUGAUCCAUUAACGCAAGAUUGCAAUGCCAUUACGGAAAAACUAGCAGCGAUCUCAACAAGCAAACGACCCAGUCUCUACAAAAAGCCCAAAAGCAGAGGUCAAGACUACCAGAUGUACCUAUCAAAAAAUGAAAAAAGGCUAUAUUCCAUCUUGUACAAUGAUUCUAUCGAGUGUCCUAUUUGUUUUCUGUAUUAUCCUGCCAACAUCAACUUUACUCGUUGCUGCGAUCAACCCAUCUGCACCGAGUGUUUUGUGCAGAUCAAGAAAAGACCUGCUGAUGCCUCCGCCUCUACGAGUGUUGCGAGAGAGUCUGGUAUCGUGUGUCCAUACUGCAUGACUAAUAUUUUUGGUGUCAUUUAUCACUGUCCUCCGUCGUCUCCAAAAAUACAUCUCGAAAAGGCAUACAAAAUCAGAUCAACGACAUCUGGACUAUCACAACAUCAACAGUCUAAGCGUAAAAGUAUUGAGUCUGAUCAUCCCAAUGUUGUACUCAUAGAUCAUGUGAGACUGAAGCCGUCUGAUGCUGCAAGUAGUAAAAGUGACAUGCGUGCAGGUUCACUCCACUUUUGGUUCCAGUCAUCAAGACCUAGCAAUGUUACAUCACUUGAAAGAUAUCUAUCCACUAUAAGAUUAGAAGAUAUGAGCAUACAAGAUAUCAUGGCAAUGGAAUCUAUGAGGCAAUCACUGUUAGAUAUAGAAAAUAACAACCAUAGUCAUCGCUUAUAUCAAUCUUAUAUCUUUUAA